GAGAGAGAGAGAGAGAGAGAGAGAGAGAGAGAGAGAGAGAGAGAGAGAGAGAGAGAGAGAGAGAGAGAGAGAGAGAGAGACUGCAGCAACCGACAUGGAGCUCGAGCCUUUCCGGAGGAGAGCGAGCAUCCUCUAAUCUGCCAGGAUCACGGUAGAAUAUAUUGACACCUUAGACAACAGACAACACUUCUAUAUCACCAUGAGGAACUGCUGACACCCCCCCUCAUCUGACUACCAGAGAGAAGACACUUUCUUCCUCCCAUCCUCUCUCCCACUCCGCCCGUCUUCACAAGGAUAAGCGUUAUUUUCGAGAGUGGAAAAAGUGAACGUCAGAGGACAAACUAGAGAAAAAAGCUGAAGCCCUCUCUUGACCCUUGACUUCUAACCACUGACCUGUGACCUCAGUAUGUCAGGUCUGAGUGGUAAGCUGCAGCGUGUCCAGUGGCGGGCAGGAUGGCACUCCUUCACCUCCAGAGUCCUCAGGACCAAACCAGUAGAGAGCAUGUUGGACUCUGGGACAGGUGGUACCAGCAGCCAUGGCACCAAACUAGCGAGGGUGUUGUCCACGGUAGACCUGGUGUCACUAGGGGUGGGAAGCUGCGUUGGCACAGGGAUGUACGUGGUCUCUGGGCUGGUUGCUAAGGAGAUGGCCGGACCUGGCGUCAUCGUCUCCUUCAUCAUCGCUGCUGUCGCCUCUAUACUGUCAGGAGUGUGUUAUGCUGAAUUUGGGGUUCGCGUUCCCAAGACAACAGGCUCAGCCUACACCUACAGCUACGUGACAGUGGGGGAGUGUGUGGCCUUUUUCAUUGGCUGGAACCUGAUUCUGGAGUACUUGAUUGGCACAGCCGCGGGGGCGUCGGCUCUCAGCAGCAUGGCGGACUCACUAGCCAAUAAAAGCAUCUCUACGUUUAUGACUACACACAUCGGAACACUCAACGGCCUGGGUAAAGGAGAGCAGUCGUACCCAGACCUCCUGGCCCUGCUGAUAGCAGUAAUAGUGACAGUGAUCGUGGCCCUUGGGGUGAAGAACUCAGUAGGGUUUAAUAAUGUGUUGAAUGUGAUCAACCUGAUGGUGUGGGUCUUCAUGAUGGUGGCCGGACUCUUCUUCGUCAACGGACACAACUGGGACGAUGGAAGGUUCUUACCCUUCGGGUGGUCAGGGGUGAUGCAGGGAGCAGCAACAUGUUUCUAUGCCUUCAUAGGGUUUGACAUAAUCGCUACUACAGGAGAGGAAGCCAAGAGUCCCAACACCUCUAUACCCUAUGCUAUUACUGUUUCCCUCAUCACCUGCCUUACUGCAUACGUCUCUGUAUCAGUGAUUCUGACUCUGAUGGUUCCCUAUACAGAGAUUGAUGCAGACGCUCCUCUGAUGGAGAUGUUUGCUGUACAUGGCUGUUAUUUUGCUAAGUACAUAGUAGCAGUAGGCUCUGUAGCUGGCCUGUCUGUCAGUCUCCUGGGCUCUCUGUUCCCCAUGCCACGAGUAAUCUACGCUAUGGCUGGAGACGGACUGCUGUUCAGGUUCCUGGCCCAUGUGUCUCCCUACACUGAGACUCCAGCGGUGGCAUGUGUUGUGUCUGGCUGUCUGGCUGCCCUCCUCUCUCUCCUCGUCUCCCUACGAGAUCUCAUAGAGAUGAUGUCCAUAGGAACACUACUGGCUUACACACUGGUUAGUGUGUGUGUGUUGUUGCUACGCUACCAGCCAGAAUCAGACAUCCACGGCUUUGUGAACUUCCUGUCUGAGGAGCAGUCCAAUAAGAAGAAGGAGGGCGUGUUAGCUGAGUGUGAGAAGGAAGUGUGUUCUCCAAUCAGUGAAGUAGAUGACUACGGAGGACCUCAAACUAACACCUGUGGAGCGAAGAAUCUCCCCUCGCUAGGCGACAACGAGAUGCUGAUUGGUAAGCCAGAUAAAACCACUUACACUGCCAGCCACCCGAACUACGGCACCGUCGACAUGGGCUCCGGCAUCGAAUCAGAAGAGUCGGAGGGCGGGAUGUCGUGGAGGCUGAAGAAGCUGAUUGGUCCGCGGUACUACACCAUGAGGAUCCGAUUGGGCCUGCCUGGGAAGAUGGACCGGCCCACUCCGGCAACGGGAAAGACAGUUACUGUCUGUGUCCUCCUCCUCUUCCUUGUCGUAUUCAUCUUCAACUCCUUCAUCAUCUUCGGAGCGGCCAGCAUCGGUGAUGGCAGCUGGUGGGCUCUUCUCCUGCUGAUCUUCCUGGUCAUCUUCAUGGCCCUCCUCAUCGUCAUCAUCCUGCAGCAGCCAGAGAACCCGAAGCGACUGCCCUACAUGGCUCCGGCUGUUCCCUGGGUUCCUGCUGCUGCCAUGCUGGUCAACAGCUACCUGAUGUUAAAACUGUCUGCCAUCACCUGGAUACGCUUUGCUGUCUGGUGUUUCCUAGGUAUCCUGAUCUACUUUGGUUAUGGGAUAUGGAACAGUACUUUGGAGAUCAGGUCCAGGGAGCAGGAGGUCCAUGCGUCAACAUACCAGCGCUACGAUGGUCACCAUGCCGGAGUGGACGACGGCUUCUCAGGCUUCAGCGUUGACGACGACCUCUACCCCCCUAGCAACAACGACCCCUGGGCCGCACCAGACGGUGUUGACGGGUCAGGGCUGGUACCCCCCAAGGCUGAUGAUGAUGAUUGGACGGAUCCAAAGGGAGGAGCUAAGAGAGCGCUAGCGGAGGAGGACCCAAUGGAUUUCUGAGGAGAAAGGAAUAAUGGACGGAUGUUUCCGAGAGGAUUGAUAGAUGUUACUGUUGUUAACAACUGAAUGUACUGCCUACUGCCGGCUGCCUGCGUGCGAGUGAGUGAGUGCGUCCAUGUGAAUGUUUGUGUGGGUCCCUUGUUACUUAUUUAAAAACAUAUUUUUUUUCAUUGAGUUCCAAAGGAAGUAUGAUCCUAUGGAGGAAAGCUGUAGACUACCAAUCAGAAACAGUGGGCGGGGUCUUUGGGUUGAUUUGGUGAUGGGCAUACAGUGAAGGUAUUUUCCUCUCACUAUAGACAGUCCAGAGUGAUGACAGACUGGGAGCGACUAGUCAGCAUUUCCUGGUUCACCACACACACGGGAAGCUGUCAGAGCGCUGAGCCAAGGUCACUUCCUGUCACUGGUCCAGGUGUCUGCUGCUUCUCUCAUCUCACAGAGGGGAAACUAGCUACACACACACAGACACUCUUAGACACACACCCGCCUCUCCAGUCUCUAUCUGGGAAUGGGGGGCUUAUGGGUUUUUUGUGUCACAUAGUAAUUGGACUUUGCUUGCAAUAGUGCCUUCAUCUGUGUGUGCACGUGUGUGUGUUUUUUUGGGGCUGUGUGUGUGUAUGCUUUUACACCUUGUAUCUAUGUCCCCUUCAGGGUCUUACCAGUGGAGUGUGUUUGUGACUUAUUUUCCCCCAUCCCACACUAUGAAUCCCCCCCCCCCAUCCCUCCCCCCCACAAGCCCCUGUUGCUGUGUUACUAGAGCUCAGAAUGGAAAGGUUCUAAAUGACAGAUUUGUUCUAAACAGAGUAAUGGACGCCACCCUGCUCUGCUCUGCCUACGGGUGUGCUAAAUCUCCAAAUGAACGUUACUAUAUUAGAAAGAAGACGAGAUGAGAAUUGCUCUCACAUCAGACAAAUAUCUCUGAGUGUUUAGUCACAUAGAACCCUCUAAUUCUAUGGUCUCCACCCCCUUGGGGAAGCCUUACUUGUCAAAUGCACUAAACUAAAGAUGCCACGCGAUCCCUCCUACUCUCCACGACCCCUAACUGCUGACCUCUAUCCCUAACCACUACCCAGGGUUCUCUCUGCUGUUCAGGGGUGGGCUCGCUUGUGUUGUCCAGUGAAACAGACACACACACACACACACACACACACAGUUCAGCUGAACCCAAAACCAGAAAGGGGCUUCAGUAGGUACUCUGUGCUCCUUACUGUAAAUAUUAUCUGUGUGUGUGUGUGUGUGUGUGUGUGUGUGUGUGUGUGUGUGUGUGUGUGUGUGUGUGUGUGUGUGUGUGUGUGUGUGUGUGUGUGUGUGUGUGUGUGUGUGUGUGUGUGUGUGUGUGUGUGUGUGUGUGUUCCAUGCCUGUGGCUAUGUGACGUGGCUGGCUGGUGUAUGUGAUAGCAUGCUAAUGUGUAUAGCAUGGUUGUAGAUGCUGUAUUUGCAUGUGGUGACCGACAGCUAAGAGACAUUCUAGAACUAACAGCACCCUAUUCCAAACUGACCCCUGAUCCUUGAUAAGGGAAACUAUAGGGUGAAGGGGACUGGUCGAUCUGGAACUGGGGUAUGAUAUGUAGCAAAUGUAGGAGUUGGUGGUUCUAUGGUUUCAUCUCCACCCCACCACCGCUCACUCCACCCCUUACCCCCACACCCUGUGUUUACAAGGUAAGCCAAAGUCCACAACAUUUGUUAACUUUAUAGAGAACAAACCAACGAUGAGAAUUGUCCAGUGGGCCAUAGACCUGUACAAGAGAUUGAAGUCACUCACGGUAUAUUACUUUCUGCUUAUGAACGGUUAAUAAUCACUACAACAGGGUUUGUUUAGGUCAAACUCAAUUAUGAAUGUUAACUAUUCAAUCAGGAUCCACCUGGAACCAAAUAUAAAAAGACCCAAAUAAUGUACUUUUUAUAUUGAAACAAGUUAACUAAGGGUUAACUACAUAUCUAAUAAUUGUUUAGAAGCCAUUUUUAAGCAGAAUUCAAGUUUUACUGAAACCACUUGGUAGAGUAGGCACAUGCAGUUACAUUCACUAGCUAGAGUAAAUACAUGCAGUUACAUUCACUAGCUAGAGUAAAUACAUGCAGUUACAUUCACUAGCUAGACUAAAUACAUGCAGUUACAUUCACUUGCUAGAGUAAAUACAUGCAGUUACAUUCACUAGCUAGAGUAAAUACAUGCAGUUACAUUCAUUAGCUAGAGUAAAUACAUGCAGUUACAUUCACUAGCUAGAGUAAAUACAUGCAGUUACAUUCACUAGCUAGAGUAAAUACAUGCAGUUACAUUCACUAGCUAGAGUAAAUACAUGCAGUUACAUUCACUAGCUAGAGUAAAUACAUGCAGUUACAUUCACUAGCUAGAGUAAAUACACGCAGUUACAUUCACUAGCUAGAGUAAAUACAUACAGUUACAUUCACUAAAUAGAGUAAAUACAUGCAGUUACAUUCACAAGCUAGAGUAAAUACAUACAGUUACAUUCACUAGCUAGAGUAAAUACAUACAGUUACAUUCACUAGCUAGAGUAAAUACAUGCAGUUACAUUCACUAGCUAGAGUAAAUACAUGCAGUUACAUUCACUAGCUAGAGUAAAUACAUACAGUUACAUUCACUAGCUAGAGUAAAUACAUGCAGUUACAUUCACUAGCUAGAGUAAAUACAUACAGUUACAUCCACUAGCUAGAGUAAAUACAUGCAGUUACAUUCACUAGCUAGAGUAAAUACAUACUGUUACAUCCAACAGCAUCGACACAAAAACAUGAGGAAACACAGAAAUAGGAGUAUUUUUCUAGUGCUGGGUCACGCCCACACCUAUGCUCCUCCAAUAGUGGGCCUCCACAGUAAGUGGGUGAGGUUUAUCCACUUUCACUUCUUGUAUUUCGCCCAAUCAGAGCUCAGCUUGGGAGGUAACUGCGAGAGCUUAUAUUUUUAACUUCUUCUAUCUCUAGUCUUCUUCUAUCUCUAAUGUUCUUUUAAAGAUCUUAUAACAUUUAUUACAGUCUAAAGUAGGCAAAUUAGAAGGUUAUAAAAACAUUUAAAAAACAAAAAACACUAUUUUAUUACAACACUAAAGAGAAUGUUGCCACUGUUGCUUUUAAAGUCUGAGGUGCUGUUGGUUUGUUCAUUUUGUCUCGGGAGAAGGUGUGCCAUGUUUCUGUCCACUUCCUGGUAUUCAAUCAUAAUGCAUUCCGGUUUGAACCGCACAGAACGUCAACAAUCUUCCUAACAGCUUCCAAAAGCCCAUUUUGGGUGAUAUAAAUUAACGCCAGCUAUCCACAUUGAUUAAAUUGCUGGUUUAUUCAAUAGGUCAACGAAAUGUACUGUGAUUGAAUUCCUGCCUCUAUCUCUCUCCUGCUGUGGCUGGCUGUCUUUGUGGGAUGUUGAGACUGGCUUCUGUUUGCUGACUAGAUAUUUGUUUUUCUUCUGUAUAUUUUUGCUAUCUGAAGUUGUAAAAUGUUCUGAUGUAUUUGGGGUUUUCUGUUAUUGUUUUUGACUUCAUCUGAAAUGACACCCUAUCAGGACUCUGGCCAAAAGUAGUGCACUAUAAAGGGAAUAGGGUGCCAUUUUGAAUGCAGGCCCUAUGUGUGUUUCUGCUCCUGAGUGCACUUGUUUAAUCUGAGUUGUCAAUAUCGCCUCCAUGCAACAAUGAAACAUUAUUUAUUGCAAAUAUGAA